AUGGAUAAUAGGCACAUCCGAAGGUUUCAAGGGAAGUAUAUUUGGGAUUCUUUUGGUGAAGUUUGCGCAGAGGUGUUGCACCCAUUAAAACAGGUAGAUUCAAGCAGAAAGGUUGAAGAUAACAAGGAAUGUUUGGCGAUUUCCCAAAACAAGUUACCAGAAAAGAAAUAUGAUCCAGGGAGUUUUACUAUCCCUAGUGUUAUAGGUGAUUUAACUAUUAGUGAUGCUUUAGCUGAUUUAGGAGCUAGCAUUAAUAUAAUGUUGUACAACCUGUCUGCUAAGUUGGGGUUGGGAGAGACAAAACCUACUAGAAUGAGUAUACAACUAGCUGAUAGGACAAUCAAGUAUCCUAGGGAUAUUGUAGAGAAUGUGCUUAUUAAGGUGGAUAAAUUCAUAUUUUCUGUUGACUUUGUGAUCUUAGACAUGGAUGGUGAGAGUAGUGUACUUUUGAUUCUAGGUAGACCUUUUCUUGCAACAUCUAGGGCAAUUUUAGAUGUUUGUGAUGGAAAGCUUGAACUUAGGAUAGGGGAUGAGACUGUCACCUUUGACUUGAAUAAUUCUAUGAAACAAUCUUUAGAUCAUGAUAAUGUUGUGUAUUUUAUUAAUGUACUUGAUGAUGUUGUUGAGACACAGUUGUAG